AUGUUGAAACUCAGAGGCUAUCCCAUGAUCUUACUCUACCUAGCACUGAUUUUAAUCCAAACCCAGUUCUCAGUUUCUAAUGGGGUCACAGUUUUAGACCUAAACUCACUGAAAAUGAAUGAAAUUGAUAGAAUGCACCAAAGGGUUUGCUCCCAGAAGAAGGUCGGAGACUGCUUGGGUGAUCUGGAAAUGGAUUCAGAGAUCAACAGAAGAGUUUUGGCUAUGCAAAAGAGGUAUAUAAGCUAUGAAACGCUAAAGAGGGACAUGAUUCCAUGCGGUAGACCAGGUGCUCCCUACUACAAUUGUCAUGUUGGACCGGCCAAUCCUUAUAGUAGAGGUUGUGAGGUUAUCAGUGGAUGUAGAGAGAUCUUGGGUGGGUUUUUGAAAUAA